AUGGUUAAGGUUGCAGUGCUCGGUGCUUCUGGAGGUAUUGGACAACCUCUUUCCUUACUUCUUAAACUUAAUGAAGCUGUUACAGAACUUGCGGUAUAUGAUGUUGUAAAUACUCUUGGGGUAGCAGCUGAUUUAAGCCACAUUAGUACACCAGCCAAAGUCACUGGCUACUUACCAGCUAAUGAUGGUAUAAAAAAUGCUUUAAUUAAUUCACACCUCAUAAUUAUUCCUGCUGGAAUUGUUAAAAAUUUGGCAACUAGUAUUGCUCAAUAUGCACCGAAUGCCUAUAUUCUUGUAAUAUCCAAUCCAGUCAAUUCAACGGUUCCAAUUUUUGCUGAAGUUUUGAAACAAUACAAUGUAUUUAAUCCAAAGAAACUUUUUGGAGUAACAACACUUGAUAUAGUUCGUUCAUCAACUUUUACAAGUUCAAUUUCUGGAGCCGAUCCUCGCGAUGUCUGUGUUCCUGUUGUUGGAGGUCAUAGUGGCGUGACUAUCAUUCCACUAUUAUCUAAAAUUUCACCAUCUUAUAAUUUCACACAAGAUCAAAUUGCUUCACUAACAAAUCGUAUUCAAUUUGGCGGUGAUGAAGUUGUUAAAGCAAAAGAUGGUACUGGAUCUGCAACUCUUUCUAUGGCAUAUGCAGGCGCCAAGUUUGCAUCUUCUGUUUUGGAUGCAACAGUUAAAGGUAAACCUGGUAUAAUUGUGCAAUCAUAUAUUAAUCUUGAUGCUGAUAAGGAAGGUAGUUUUCAACUUAAAAACACAAUUGAUAACUUGGAAUAUUUUUCAACAAAUAUUGAAUUGGGACCAAAUGGUGUUUCAAAGAUUCUUCCACUUGGUAAUCUCACUGAAUAUGAACAAUCACUUCUUAAGGCUGCAAUUUCUCAACUUAAAGCGAACAUUAAUAAAGGUGUUUCUUUUAUGACAGAAAAAUCAAAAUUGUAA